AGGGCGGACCCGUUGCCUGGUGACGAGAGUUGGGGGCGUGGCUGGGGCUGCGGAUCGCCAGUAGUGGCAUUCCUUCUACCGGCUGGACCCUGGGUUCUCCGCUAGAUCCCAAGAUAUUGUCCCCGCACGGAAGCGACGACUGGCCUGACCAGAGGACUCGGCCAGGAUCUAGGUGCUGGCCCCAACGGGACGGUGAGGUAGGCAGAAGGAAGGUGGGGCGCCCCCUGCGGGAAGCGAGCGCGCCCCGGAAAAUGAGCGCCUCACCACACCCUGGUGGCCAGGAGUGAGUGCGGGAAGGAACUCGGCCGCCUAGAGUUGUGGCCUCAUCCUGGCUCCCGCCAAAAACCCCUUGGUACUGUCGGGACGCGGCUGAACGUGGACGCGCCCGCACCUGCCCUCCUCCGCGGUGGUGGAAGACACCCGCGGAGCGCCGGUGAAUAAGGGACUUCCCCUGAGGCCAGAGCUGUAUCCACAGCAGGUCAGCACUUCGUGUGCCCCGUGUGCACCUGUAAGGAGUGGAAUUUACGCCAGUCGGGUUUUCCAAAUGUGGAGUUGUGAUGCCCAGGCAAAAACUUCAGUUUCUUAGGACUGAAGGUGUCAUCUAUGAGACAAUCGGCUCCGUGGCAUUGGCAGUGAUUUGCCAUAGAGCUUGGACUUAACUUAUAGGUAGUCCACGCUGCAAAACAUGCUUUCUGUAGAGAGGGGCAUAAACCAAUAGAUUUGCAAUUGUCGAGUCCUUUGGUCUCUCAAGAACGAUGGGAACUUGACAAGAAAUUUCGAUUAUUCCCUGGUCUUAGUAUUAACCACAUGGGAAGAUACUUACAUAGAAUGGUAGUGGUCAUUACCGAUACAACCUUCUGGUAGCUAUUUAGAUUUCUAAGAAUAAGAAUAAUAUAAAUGAAUAUUAGACAGUAUCUACAGAAUGAUAAUCAAAAUGUAAAGUCUUGUCACUUGAACUUUUGGUCAAGUGAAAAUCAAGGAGAAAACUUAAAAUUAUAUUGCUACAUUUCACAAAGUGACUAAUUUUUAAAAUUCAUUAUCUUUUAAUGCCUCAGUAUCAUUCUGAACUUGCUGUGUAAUAUUCAAUUGUAAAUAUAAUAAAAUGUGAAUGAUUUGGCUGUAUACUCUGGAAAUUCCUUUUAAUUAAAUGAUUUACUUGAUUUGUCUUUUAUUGUGGUUGUUGUCUCUUACAGUCGUGGAAAAUUCCUUUAAAUCUCUGAAAUUGAAGGUGUUAUUAGUUGUACUGUAGUUUUUAGAGAAGACUGUUGUGACUGUUAAAUACAAUUGAAUAUAUUUUUGAGUACUCAUUUAAUGUAGUAAACACAGCUUGAAAAGAAAAGCUGUCAAAUAAUUUCCUUAGAAAUUGUUUUACAGCCUACCCCUAUAUUACAAGAAAUCUCAAGUCAAACACUGGAAGAGAUGUCAGAAGAUUCAGAAAAGGAAGACUAUUCAGACAGAACAAUCAGUGAUGAAGAUGAAUCGGAUGAGGAUAUGUUCAUGAAAUUUGUAAGUGAAGAUUUUCAUCGGUGUGCACUUUUAACAGCUGACUCUUUUGGUGAUCCCUUCUUCCCCCGGACUACACAGAUACUAUUAGAAUAUCAGCUAGGGAGAUGGGUGCCACGUCUUCGUGAACCACGGGAUUUAUAUGGUGUCUCUUCUUCUGGUCCACUGAGCCCAACACGGUGGCCAUACCAUUGUGAAGUCAUCGAUGAAAAAGUCCAGCAUAUUGAUUGGACUCCUUCUUGUCCUGAGCCAGUGUAUAUCCCAACGGGCUUAGAAACGGAACCCCUUUAUCCAGACUCCAAGGAAGAUACUGUGGUUUAUCUAGCUGAAGAUGCUUACAAAGAGCCCUGUUUUGUGUAUUCCCGAGUUGGGGGUAACCGAACACCUUUGAAGCAACCUGUGGAUUACCGUGACAAUACUUUGAUGUUUGAAGCAAGGUUUGAGAGUGGUAAUCUACAGAAGGUAGUCAAAGUGGCAGAAUAUGAAUACCAACUGACUGUACGCCCUGACCUCUUCACAAAUAAACACACCCAGUGGUACUAUUUCCAAGUCACUAAUAUGCGAGCAGGAAUAGUCUACAGAUUCACUAUUGUCAACUUCACCAAACCUGCUAGUCUUUACAGUCGGGGUAUGCGCCCACUGUUCUAUUCUGAAAAAGAGGCCAAGGCUCAUCAUAUUGGCUGGCAGAGAAUAGGAGACCAAAUCAAGUAUUACAGGAACAACCCAGGCCAAGAUGGGCGCCAUUUUUUCUCUCUUACAUGGACAUUUCAAUUUCCACACAACAAAGAUACCUGCUACUUUGCUCAUUGCUAUCCAUACACUUACACCAACCUGCAAGAAUACCUUUCUGGCAUCAAUAAUGAUCCAGUACGGUCAAAGUUUUGUAAAAUACGUGUUUUGUGCCACACGCUUGCUAGGAACAUGGUGUAUAUUUUAACAAUCACUACCCCCUUGAAGAACUCUGACUCAAGAAAGCGGAAGGCUGUGAUUCUGACUGCAAGGGUCCAUCCAGGGGAAACCAACAGCUCUUGGAUCAUGAAAGGCUUCCUAGAUUAUAUUUUAGGAAACUCAAGUGAUGCACAGUUGCUUCGGGACACUUUUGUCUUCAAGGUGGUACCCAUGCUGAAUCCAGAUGGUGUGAUUGUGGGGAAUUAUCGCUGUUCCUUAGCUGGACGGGAUUUAAACCGUAAUUAUACGUCUCUCCUGAAGGAAUCUUUUCCUUCUGUAUGGUAUACCCGGAACAUGGUUCAUAGACUGAUGGAGAAACGAGAGGUUAUUUUAUACUGUGAUCUUCAUGGCCAUAGUAGGAAAGAGAACAUCUUCAUGUAUGGCUGUGAUGGUAGUGACAGAUCUAAGACAUUAUACUUACAGCAACGAAUCUUCCCACUUAUGCUAAGCAAAAAUUGUCCAGAUAAAUUUUCAUUCUCAGCUUGCAAGUUUAAUGUUCAAAAGAGCAAAGAAGGAACAGGAAGAGUGGUCAUGUGGAAAAUGGGAAUCAGGAACAGCUUUACCAUGGAGGCCACCUUUUGUGGAUCUACUCUGGGUAAUAAACGAGGCACUCAUUUCAGCACAAAAGACCUGGAAUCAAUGGGAUAUCAUUUUUGUGAUUCUCUCUUGGACUAUUGUGAUCCCGACCGGACUAAGUAUUAUCGGUGCCUGAAAGAAUUAGAAGAAAUGGAAAGACAUAUAACACUGGAAAAAGUCUUUGAGGAUUCAGACACUCCUGUGAUACACAUUACAUUGGAUCUAGAGUCUAGUAGCCGAGGCUCUGACAGUUCAGAAUCCAUUGACUCUCUGACUGACCUUCUCAAGUUAACUUCUCAGAAAAAACAUUUGAAAACAAAGAAGGAAAGGAAUUCUACUACAGCAAGCCACCAAAAUGCCAGAGAAGGACAAGAGGUUUAUGAUAGAGGACAUUUACUGCAAAGGCACAAACAAUCAAAUUCUGAUGUGAAAGAUACAAGGCCAAAUGAACCAGGUGAUUAUAUGGUUGAUUAUUUCAGAAGACAGUUACCUAAUCAAGGUUUGGAUCUGCACCACAACUUAAAAAGCAAAAUAAAAGAAUGCAUAUCUUUCCAAAGCAAGAAGACUGGCAUAAAUUGGACAGAUGAUGAAAAAAGGAGCUACAAGGAUAAAGGAAUAGUUCAAACUCAAGAAAUAUUGCAGUAUUUGCUCCCCAUCAUGCAUAACCCUAAAAACAUGCAAACCACUCAGAUAAAACAGCUAUUCAAUCCAAGAACCAACUUCCCAAUCCAACAUCAACUAAAUCCAGCUACUUGCAGAAAUAUAAAGAAAUACAGCACAUCUUGGACAGCACCCAGAAAUCACCCUUUUGUAAUCCAAGGGGAUGUUAUGGCAAACUCUUCAGAAUGGGUUCAGUCUAAGCCCCAUGGGUCAUUGGAAAGUUUAUCACCUCUCAAAGGCCCCAAGAAGAAUAAACAUUCUCAAAUCUGGGCCAUAAAGAAUGAAGACAUAAAACCUCUCAGCAGCAAGUGGGAGACUGCUUCUUCAAGCUUUGGAAUGGAUGCAAAUGUUCUAAAAUAUAAGAGUCUUCAAGCUGAAGAAACUAACCAGCAAAGCUCUAAGCAUACAGCUCUCCAUCUAACUAAAAAUAAGGAUGAGCAGGCCAAUAAGAAUGAUGGACAACCUACCUUAUAUCUGAAGUUCCAAAGGGAGAGUUAAUCUAGUUUUAUACUGCUCUGAGAACUGUGAAUGAAGGAUAACAUAUGCUUAUGUGGUAAAAAGAAAAAAAGGAAAGCCCUCCCCUUCCCCUUUCCCUAUCUCUCCCCCUACACGUGCAUAUGCAUAAACUACAAAUGUUAGAUAUCCCAUCUUCUGUAGUGGGAACAUCUUUCAGAGAUUUAAAAAGAAAUCCAGAGAAAAUACGGAAAAAUAUUAAAGUAGAUAUUUAUAUUUAGUUUUUACCAGCAUGGAAAAAAAUCUCUGAAGUUUUUAUUUCUUCCAAAACUACUUAUGCAUUUGACACCAAAAAACUUAAGAACUCAACGUAGGAAUGACAUGUAAUAUGUCACUGAUUUUUAACCUCCCUACUAGACACUUUAAUGAAUCAGUCAACAAACAUCAUUUCCUGAUUUUCUGUUAUAUCAUUGGUGUGCUAGGAACCAUUUCUCUCUACUAGGAGAUUACCACAUAAUUGUACGGAUAAAACAUACCUGAAUAAAAUGAUUACAGAAUAAGA